AUGUGUGCCAUGAUUGAUCUCCCGCUAGCAAUGUCGGCCAAAACUUCACCAUCGAAUUCGCGUGACGGCAAUGUGGCAGCUGCAACCAGCGUCGUGCCCCCAACUGGGGCAGGCGGCGUUGUUCAAAUCAAGAAAGAGCUGCCCAGUGAUGAGAUAAAGGAAUUCGCGCAGCACACGAUGAACGAGCUGCUCGGCUGGUAUGGCUUCGAUGGCGUCGAUGUGGAUCGCCUGGAUCUGACGGCCAAGACGUCGCGUCUACUACAGAGCGCUGCAGCCGCAGCGGUUGCCACACAGCAGCAGCAACAACAACAACAACAACAACAGCAGCAGCAGCAGCAACGCAGUCAUCUUCGCAGCAGUCGCAGCAGCGCUCUGGCAGCAGCUUUCCAUAACAACAACAACAACAACAACAACAAUAGUAAUAGCAACAAUAACAACAACAACAGUUGCAACAAUCGCAAGGCGAGCAACUUGAACUGCCACAGCAAUACGACAACUCCAUCGGAUCACGAUACCCGCAGCUCGCGAGAGGAUGACUCCAAGAGUCCCCAUUCAAUUGGCAAGCCGUCAGCCACAGUCCUGACGACAUCGCAUACUGAGGAGAAAAUAGACUACAACAACUGUUGCUGGUGCCAUCGCCCGAUCGCAGAGAAUGCGCCAGAUUAUCUGACGAGCACGGACGGGCCGCGCUACUGCUCCGAGUCCUGCUUCGCGCAGAGUCGCCGGGCGUCCUUCAAGAAGGCCAAGACGUGCGACUGGUGCAAGCACGUGCGACACGCCGUGAGCUAUGUGGACUUCCAGGACGGCGCAUCGCAGCUGCAGUUCUGUUCGGAGAAGUGUCUCAACCAGUACAAGAUGCAGAUCUUCUGCAACGAGACGCAGGCGCACCUGGACAUGAAUCCGCACCUGCGCGACCAGGGUCUGGAGGCCGCGGCCGCUGGCGACGGAGCGGGCCUCAUUACGCCCGAUCUGUGGCUGCGCAACUGCCGCAGUCGCUCGGCCUCGCCCGCAUCCACCAUUUCGGUGUCGCCCGGGCCGGCGGCUGUGUGCAUUGCGAACGCCUCCGCCUCCGCGACCGCCUCCAAGCGGAGCUCGCCCUGCCACACGCCUCCCACCCAUCCAAGCAAACCUCUGAUCUCAGUGGCGCCCGUGUCCAAGCUGCUGGCGCAGAAGACAACCCCCCUGACUGCGGCACCCCAAACGCCGGCUCCGCAGCAGCGCCACCACGCGCUCCACUCCGGCUCCAAACCGGGCCGACGCAAGCGUCCGCAUCGUGUGGUCGGUGCCGGCUCGGAGACUGUUGCCAGCCUGCUGCAGAAGCAACAGCAACAGCAACAACAACAGCAGCAGCCGCAGCCGCCCACGCUGAGCGCAGACUUUGCUGGUUCCAGUGUGCCGUUGCCUCCACUGUCGCCCAUGCAGGAGCAGCAGCCUUCGCAGCAGCAGCAGCCACCGCAGCAGCAGCAUCCACAGCAGCUGCCGCCGGCUAUGCCAUGCCGGCCCACCGCUGGCCUGCCUGCUGGCUACUUCGCCUCAGCGACAAAUGGAAUGUUGGGCCAUCCGUUUGGCGCCCGACCUGCACCACCGCCGCCCCAUCCCUUCCUCGCUCCUCCGCCGGGCAUGCUGCCGCGUGGCUUCGGCGCCCACUUCGGACCGCCGCCGCAGAUGCAGCCGCAGCUGCAGCCGGAGUUGCAUGGAGCGCUGGGUGCUCUGCUUGGCGCCGCUCCGCCAGUGACUGUGAUGGUGCCGUAUCCUAUUAUCAUACCGCUGCCCAUACCCAUACCCGUGCCCUUGCCCGUCGUGGACUUCUACAAGGCGCACCUUACUCCCGAGCAGCGCAAGCGCUUCGAUGAGGAGCGUUCGACGACGGCUGCUGAGGAGCAGCCACAGCCACUGGACUGCAGUAAGGCCAAGCCAGAGCUGGAAAUGGAAACGGAGGAGCAGCAGGUGGAGCAGCCGAAGGAGCUGGAACAGCAACAGGAGCGGGAACUCGAUCAGGAGCAGGAGCAGGUGCCGGAGCAGGAGCAGGAGCGGGAGGAGGAACAAAAAUCAAUACCAAAGACAACGAAAACUAGAACAACACCAUCGCCAGCGACGUCGCCCGUCACAGACUCCUCACAAGACAUGUUGGGGGAGACGACGCACUGCGUCGUUCUGCACAAUGUGGAGUCAGAGGCGGGCGGGUGCAAUGCCAACAGCUCUGCUGAAGCAGAGACACAGAAGCUGCCCAAGUUGAAGAUAACGCGACUGCAGACCAAACGCACGCUCAUCCAAACCAAAGAGACCAGGGAGGCCACUCCCACUUCACCCACAGCGGUGGGCAGCAGCGGCUCUGCUGCAGCGGCGGAGAGCACUCGGCCGCUGCGCAAGCGCAAGAGAAUAAUCGAUUGUGAUUUCCAGAAGAUUACGCUGCGAGAACUGGAGGCAGUCGAUGCACACAACAGCAAUAGCAAUAGCAACAGCAGCAGCAGCAAUCACAACAACAACAAUAACCACAAUGGAAGCAGCAAAGAAGAAGAGGAGAGAGAAGUGUGCAAUAUGAACAGCAACGACAGUGCUAAACAAACAAAAAAGUAGUGUAUUAGGCCUAAGU